GUAUGCACAAGCAAUUAAUUUAUUCGUGUCCUGAUAACAUUUACAGUGUAGUUCUGACCACCGCAAUAUCUGCAAAGUUGCACACAUAACUAAGAAAUUUCCCCAAUUUCUAUUCAGACAGAUAUCAGGCAUUGUUCAUUUAACAUUAUAUACAUACAUAACUAAAUCAAAAUUUUGCAAUUUUUUAAUGGUUGAUCAAGCUGGAAAUAGUUUAAGUUUAGAAAAUGAGAAGGAAACAGAAUAUCUAAAAAUCGUGCGUGACAUGAUGGCUGGAAGCGAGAAAUUGAGACCAAUGAUGCCAUUCUGGCCGGACAAGUUACUCCUUAUGAUCAUCAGAACGUACGAUUUCAACCAAACCUCCGUCAUGAGAGUGAUAAAUUCCUUGCAAAAUUGCAUAACGGAAACUUACCCGGACUUAUUUCGGCUUCUAAAUCUGACCGACUUGAAGCCGAUUUUGGACAAGAAACUUUUCACCCUGGUGAAGCACUCGAGUCCAAGGAAUCCGGGGAUUUUAAUUUUUCAUUUUAAAAAUUGGGAACCAUCCGAAGUCUCCACAGACCAAUUGAUCGCUGUCGGAAUCGUGUACUACUACCAACUCGUGCGAAAUUCGAAGGACAUCCAGAGGAAUGGGAUUCUCUUUUUGAUGGACACUGAUGGCCUUGGGUUUAAUCAUGCUCGGCAACUUUCAUACGAUUUUGUCAAAAAGCUUUUUGCCGUCAUGGUCUACUCGUCCCCGAUCCGAUUUGUUUGCUACGUUUUGUACAAUAGUUCCUACCUGAUGGAGAAGAUUUACAGCGUGGUCAAAUAUGCGAUCCCGGAAAGGGCGAGGAAAGAUGUUUAUGUCAUAAAAAAAGACCUAACCGUGAUUCACGGGAUGGUUCCGGAUAAACAAUUUUUGCCCACUUGCAUCGGCGGAGAUAUUCAAAAUGAUGUGACGUUUCAGGACGAUGCAGAGCAAGCAGCGUUUGAGGACCUCACACUACAAAAUCUUGCGACAGACCUGCAAAGAGAGUUCGGAGUGGGAAAGAAGUGAUGUAAUGGUGUUAUUGUAAUUUAUUUAAGUAGCCAGGUGAAAAAUUAGUAAAAUAAUUUAAAAAAACGAUGAAAAGUUCGUUAAUAUGAAAAUGAA